UAAUAUGACAAAAACAGAUGCCCUCCCAUGAAACCCAGUCAGCGCCACUUGUUAUAGCUAAUCCUUUGCUAUGUUCAUCUUCAUUCACACAUCAUUUUUCUUUUUUCUUCACUGCCAUUCUCAAUUGACUUACAUUUAUUUAUACUAAUAAUACUGCAAAAUAGAAAAAGAAUUCAGUAAAAAUUUAAGAACUUGGCAGGCAAACCCAUAAUCGUUCAAUGGGUGGUGGAGGAGCUGCUGCUUUGCAGAAAGAUGUGCCGUGGAGAGCAGCUGGUUCUGGUGCAAGACCAAUCCCAAAGAUUCAUCAUUCCCCUAUUCUUUGUCUUCCUCAAAACCCUUAUUCUGAUUAUGCUCUCUCCAUUAUGAAGCACCCGGAUCCAAUUGGAAGCGGAUUGGGGACGGAGGCAAUAGUAGAAGCCGCAGGGCCUGAUUGCAUUGUUCCUGGACAGAAUCCACCUAUCAAACUUCUGGGUUUUAAGGUAUGGCCCAUUGAAGUCGAUUUGAAAUUUAUUGAACCUGUUGGGCGAGAACUAAAGUCAGUUGGGAAGUUCAUGGAUUCUGCAGUUGAUCUUAUGAACAAAUCUUUCAUCGAUCGCUAGUACUUCCCAUCAGAGUGGCUGGAAUUUGACCAGUUAGUAUACCAACUACUUGAGGCUUGUCAAAAAAUAGUGAAGUGGGUUGUUGAGAUCAUCUGUUGGAUUUAUCCUACAUCUAAUGUUCCUUAUUUGAGGUCCCAUUUUGUACUUCCCCAAACUUGAAGUAUAUUGUACAUUUGAAAGCUGCAUGGAGUUGUGGCUUUUUGAAAAAGUUAAUUACAUCUUAAAGUUAUAUAAUUUGGAACUUUUGUGGCAA